AUGUUAAUAUCGAAAAAUCAAUUAAUUUUUCAUUACUUUUCUUGUUACUUUUCUCUUGUUCUUCCAUUUUGCAAAUUAUCUUUCUUUCUUUCAUUCUUCCGUGUUUCUAUCUUUCUUUCAUUCAAUAAUCUGUUUCUUUCUUUCCUUCAAACAUUCUUUCGUCUUUCAUUCUUUUUUCAUUUCCUCGUCUUAUACUUAUACAUUCUUUCUGCCUUCCUUUAUUUUUUCCUUCCUUUUUUCUUUCAAUGUGUGUCUUUCUGUCUUUCGAUAUUUUCUUUCUUUAUUGUUUCUUUAAAUCAUUUCCGUCUUAAAUCAUUCUUCAAUCUAUCGUACUUUCUUUCUUUCAGUCAAUGCUUUCAUUCUAUCUUUCUAAUUUUUUCUUCCGUCUUUCCUUAUUUCAGUCAUUUUCAGAAUAUUUUUUUCUUUCUUUUUACUGUUAAUCAUUUUUCAAUCUCUCGUUCUAUGUUUGUUUGUUCUUUUUCUUUCUUUCUUCCUGUCUUUCUUUCAAAAAAUCCUCAGUCAUUCUUUCUUUUAAUAAUUCUUCCAUAUUUCUUUAUUUCUUUCUUUCGAUUAAUUUUUCUUUAUUUUUUUCUUCCUUCUUUAUUACUUUGUUACUUUCUUUAUUUCCAAAAUUCUUCCCUCUUUCUUUCCUUUUCCUUUCUUUUCUUUUCGUUUUUUAAUUAUUCUUCCAUAUUUCUUUAUUUCUUUCAUUCAAUCAAUUUUCUUUCUUUCUUUCUUUCUUUCUUUCUUUCUUUCUUUUUUCUUCUUUCUUUCAGGUAUUCAUCCCUUUUUCUUUUCCUUUCUCUUUCUUUAUUUCUUUUAAUUAUUCUCCCAUUUUUCUUUUAUUUCACUCUUUUAUCCAUAUUUCUGUCUUUUCUUUUCUGGAUCAAAUUUCUUCUCAAUCACGUGAGAAGAACGAUUUCUAAAUAA